AUGUCUUUGAGUGAGGCUUCUGAUACAUAUAUUUUGGUUGAUCUUUUCGUUGUUGAAAUCGCAGUCACGGCUUUCAACAUGAGAUCAACAUUAUCUCCGCCUCAAUCACAAACCAAUCCUACUAUUUCCAUGGAGGAGAAGCAAGAAGAAGAAGAAGAUAGGAUCAGCCAGUUGCCAGAUGACAUUCUUGAUCACAUCCUAUGCUUCCUUCCUUCAAAGGCAGCCGCUAAAACAACCGUUUUGUCUUCAAGAUGGAAGCAUCUGUUUUGGUCUACAGUCACUAGGCUCAACAUCAACAUGCACAAAGAGUCCACCAAGCACAAUGUGGAGCCAGCCAUUCGAUUAUUUGAGGCUCUUUUCAAAUGCAAGACACUUAUUUCUGCUGAUAUUACCACCAACUUCUUCCAUCUCCCAGAGAUUAUUUGUGUGCCCAAGUUGCAGUUUCUCCACUUAGAAGUCACAGAAAACAUUGGCUCUCUAAUGCAGGGUUUCCAUAGGAUUGUGGAGAUGCAGCGCCGCAGUUGCCCGACAUUCGAAGGCUUCAUCCCCAUCCUAUCUGCAAACAAUCACCUGGUAUUGUGCAACACCAAAACACCAAGAGGGGAAUAUUUUUUGGAGAUUGAAACCGUUGGGUCGCUUGGGGAGUUAGGAUGUGCUGCUAAGAAGAGGAAAGAAGCUGCCUAUGUAUAUGCUGAUCGUAAUUAUAAUAUGGUGGCAUAUAGUGGUUAG